AUGGCCGCUGGCCCUCACCACAAGCUACCGAGAUCAGCCGCCGCACCCCAUAGCGAAGUAUCAGGGGCGGCGCCAGUCACUCCACCGCACUUGCCCUUGAAUCGGGAUCUGACGGUGGUCCGUAUACCACUGCGGAGCGCGAAGCACCACUUCGGGGUGGCAGAGUCCCGUGGCUCUCGCCCGUACAACGAGGAUGCCAAUCAGGCCGGUACGGUCGACAUGCCUGCGUUCGCCAAGCGUGCGCCUAUUAGUCUCGUGAGAAGUGCCAUGAAGAAAAGUGGCGAGGGCACAUCGGCGGACAGCGCAUAUGGUGACCCCCAGAUCUUCUAUUUCGGGGUCUUUGAUGGCCACGGCGGUAAUCAAUGCAGCGAAUUUCUGCGAGAAGAGCUUCACGGUUACAUCGAAGAAGCCGCGGAAGAAUUUGGGUUAAAGAGCAGUCUUCGAGCUAUGAGGAAGAGUGAUAAGAUCAAGCUACUCACAGCAAGUACUGCGCCAACGCCAAUUCUGAGCGAUGCCGAGGCUGGGGGGCGAAAGAAGCUCGACCAACUCGACAUCAAGGGUUCCAAGGAAGUGGAGUCCAUAGCUGAGAUCCCGGAAACGAACGAGCAUGGCGCCAUCAUAGAUCUUGAUAAUGCUGAUGCUAUCCCCGGGGAUGAUCCUGUGCCAGCCAAGGUCUGCCACUCCAAGGCUUUGAAGCUGCAAAAGGACCUCGUGGACGAGUACAAGAGGACCAUAGGAGGAUACUAUCGACGCUUUAGUCCACCAUACUUUCACCUGAGACUGGACGCAAAUGCCCCCGCGCCACCGAUCAGCAUCGAAUCUGUUUUGACCUACGCAUUUCUUCGUGCAGAUCUUGACUUUGUCUCCGCUCAGGCCAGGAAACCAGAUCCGGAUGAUCCUUAUGUGUCAGAUGCCGCGCUCAACUUUGACGAGGUGCUGGGAAAGCCGCAUCACCGGCCACCCUCCGGCCAUGGCAUAGGUGGACGAACCCGGUUUAAGGGAGGUUCCACGGCCUCGGUAGCGCUGAUUUCCACACCAACACCUGCGCCCUUUUGGCAUCCAGCAGCUACUUCCACCUUGCUGGUUGGGCAUGUUGGCGAUACGCGAAUCCUCCUUUGUGAGACUGCCACGGGUCUUGCCAAGCCACUGACCUCAGAUCAUCACCCAAGCUCCCCCGUGGAAUCCCAUCGGCUUCGACGAUUCGCGGCGUCCUUUGUGGCGGAUUCAUUCGGCGAGGAGCGGAUCCAAGGUCUCGCCAACUCCCGUGCCUUUGGUGACAUGGGUUCCAAGCGAUUGGGGGUCUCGGCCGAGCCUGAGAUCACCCGCACCGAGCUAGGGCCCGCGCAGUACAGCUUCCUGGUGCUUAUGUCGGACGGAGUGUCUGGCACACUGAGCGACCAGGAGAUUGUCGAUGUGGUCAAGGAGGCCAAGACACCAGAGCAGGGUUCCAAGGAUGUCGUGGCUUACUCCACCGAAGUCAGCAGCGAGGGUGACAACGCGACGUGUCUCGUCGUUCGGCUGGGCGGGUGGGAGCGCAGGAGCGAGGGUGGCCUCGGGAGUAUGGGUACCAAAGAGAUCAGGGACUUUCGAAGGAAUGAGGCGCUAGACCCUCGACGAGGACGUAGGUAG